UCUUUCCUUCAAUUUUGGAUCCAAAACUCUUGCCUUAUUUUCUUUUUGUUUCUCUUUUUCAGAAAAUAGAACACAGCAUUUGAUCAGAGAAAUUUGCUAAAGUGCAUCCCCCAACCUUAAGAUUGAAAAUCACAACAACAAUAACAAAAGGGAGGGGAAAAGAAAAGGAAAACUGUUGCAACUUCCUCACUCGCUAUCACAUCGGGUCUAGCAUCUUUCACCAAUGAUUCAUUUUGUACUUUUAAUCAGUCGCCAAGGAAAAAUAAGAUUGACCAAAUGGUAUUCUCCCUAUUCCCAGAAGGAAAGAUCUAAGGUGAUUCGUGAGCUCAGUGGCAUAGUAAUCGGCCGGGGCCCCAAGCUUUGUAACUUUGUGGAAUGGAGAAGGUUCAAGGUUGUCUACAGAAGGUACGCUGGUCUCUAUUUCUGCAUGUGCAUUGGUGAGGAAGAUAAUGAAUUGGAGGUUCUUGACAUCAUUCAUCAUUAUGUGGAGAUAUUGGACCGUUAUUUUGGUAGUGUCUGUGAACUGGACUUGAUCUUCAAUUUUCAUAAGGCAUAUUAUAUACUGGACGAGAUCUUGAUUGCUGGUGAGCUUCAGGAAUCAAGCAAGAGAACUGUCAUACGGCUAAUGUCUGCACAUGAUUCAAUGGUGGAGAUGGCUAAAGAGCAGGCCAGCUCAAUCAGCAAUAUGAUUGCACAAGUCACCAAAUAAGAUCAUCUUUCAAAAGCCGAGAUUUUUCUUUUCCCUAAAACGUUUAUCUUUUCUUUUAUUUAAAUUUCUUUUCAUAUAUCAUGUUCAAUCUAUUUAAUAACUUUGUAUUGUUAAAUUUAAUUGACAAUUUUCUUUU